AUGGCGGCUGAACAACAGCGCCUGCCCACCAGGGAAAGGCGACCUUCUACUGGAGCCCCCAUCGUAGAUAUUACCGGUGGAGUUGGGCCUGCGGGCAUCUCCCGUCCCAAGCAUAAACGAACAUUGACUGGGUUUGGUGCUGGUGAGAUAAAGAGUGUCGAAGCUUCGAUCCCCGAGCCCCAGCGUGACGCCUGGAAGCGAAACCAACCAACCGGUUUCACUGACAAGGAUGGCUUCGAAAAGGAGGUCGUUCGCCAUGUUGAAACCACUCUCGCCAGAAGUUUGUUCAACUGUGAUGAAAUUGCAGCGUACUCGGCUACAAGUCUUGCUUUCCGUGACCGUCUCAUCACCGAUUGGAACAGGACUCAGCAGCGGCAGACGUAUCGUGAUAGCAAGAGGCUCUACUAUCUGAGCCUGGAGUUUCUCAUGGGAAGAGCUUUGGAUAAUGCCAUGCUGAAUGUUGGUCUGAAGGAUGUCGCCAAAGAUGGACUUGAUGAGCUUGGCUUCAGAAUCGAGGACGUGAUCAAGCAGGAGCAUGACGCGGCUCUCGGUAACGGUGGGCUUGGUCGCUUGGCCGCAUGUUUUCUCGACAGUCUGGCUUCCCUCAACUUCCCCGCUUGGGGGUAUGGGCUUCGAUACCGUUAUGGCAUCUUCAAGCAGGAGAUUAUUGAUGGCUAUCAGGUUGAAGUACCUGACUAUUGGCUAGACUUCAAUCCCUGGGAGUUUCCACGCCAUGAUGUCACUGUGGAUAUUCAAUUUUUUGGGCAUGUGAAUAAGACAAAAACUCCAGAUGGAAGGACCAUCUCUGUUUGGGAAGGGGGCGAAACUGUACAGGCUGUUGCCUACGAUGUCCCAAUCCCCGGUUAUGACACUGUUACCAUCAACAACCUCCGACUCUGGUCCAGCAAAGCCUCGGGCGGAGAGUUUGACUUCCAAAAGUUCAACAAUGGCGAUUACGAAAGCUCUGUAGCUGAUCAACAGCGCGCCGAGACCAUCAGCGCCGUACUUUAUCCCAACGACAACCUCGAGAGAGGAAAAGAACUUCGACUGAAGCAGCAGUACUUCUGGGUUGCUGCGUCUCUGUAUGAUAUUGUCCGCCGAUUCAAAAAGUCGAAGCGGCCUUGGAAGGAGUUUCCCGACCAGGUUGCCAUUCAGUUGAAUGACACACAUCCUACCUUGGCCAUUGUGGAGUUGCAACGCAUCCUGACCGACAUUGAGGGUUUAGAGUGGGAUGCUGCUUGGGACAUUGUGACCAACACGUUUGGAUAUACCAAUCACACCGUCUUGCCCGAGGCAUUGGAAAAAUGGCCCGUUGGACUUGUUCAACAUUUACUACCGCGUCAUCUCCAAAUUAUUUAUGACAUCAACCUCUACUUUCUCCAAAAGGUUGAGAAGGCCUUCCCCAAUGACAGGGAUAUGCUCCGUCGCGUCUCUAUUAUCGAAGAGUCCCAGCCAAAGAUGGUUCGGAUGGCACACCUGGCCAUUGUCGGCUCACACAAGGUGAAUGGCGUGGCUGAGCUUCACUCCGACCUGAUCAGAACUACAAUCUUUAAGGACUUUGUGGAGAUUUAUGGACCUGACAAAUUUACCAAUGUCACCAACGGCAUCACACCACGACGCUGGCUUCACCAAGCCAACCCUCGGCUUUCCGAGCUUAUUGCCUCCAAAUGUGGCGGUAGAGACUUCCUCAAGGAUCUCACCUUGUUGAACAAACUGGAGCAGUUCGUUGACGACAAAGACUUCCGACGGGAGUGGGCAGAAAUCAAGUACGCCAACAAAGUGCGCCUGGCCAAGCACAUCAAGGAAACGACGGGCGUGACGGUCAAUCCUGCUGCUUUGUUCGACGUCCAGGUAAAGCGCAUCCACGAAUAUAAGCGCCAGCAGCUCAACAUAUUUGGUGUCAUUCACAGAUACCUCACUCUCAAGGCAAUGAGUGCGCAGGAGAGGAAGAAGCAGCUUCCUCGAGUCUCCGUCUUUGGUGGUAAAGCCGCUCCGGGAUACUGGAUGGCCAAACAGAUUAUUCACCUCAUCAAUUCCGUAGGUGAAGUUGUCAACAAAGACGAGGACAUUGGUGAUUUGCUCAAGGUCAUCUUCUUGGAGGAUUAUAACGUGAGCAAGGCAGAAAUCAUCUGCCCUGCUUCAGAUAUCAGUGAACACAUUUCUACUGCCGGAACUGAAGCCUCUGGGACUAGCAACAUGAAAUUCGUGUUGAAUGGAGGUCUGAUUAUCGGCACAUGUGACGGUGCAAAUAUUGAAAUCACUCGCGAAGUUGGCGAAAACAACAUCUUUCUCUUUGGCAACCUUGCUGAAGAUGUUGAGGAUUUGCGCCAUGCCCACACGUACGGAUCGCAUACGAUUGAUGCUGACUUGGACAAGGUUUUCAAGGAGAUCGAGAAGGGAACAUUUGGGACGCCCCAGGAUUUCGGAGCCAUAAUCGGCGCCGUCCGCAGCCACGGAGACUACUACUUGGUUUCCGACGACUUCCACAGCUACAUAGAGACGCACCGCCUCGUAGAUGAAGCCUACCGUAAGCAGGACGAGUGGAUCGUCAAGUGCAUCACGGCGGUGGCUCGCAUGGGCUUCUUUACGAGCGACCGCUGCAUCAAUGAAUACGCCGAGGAGAUUUGGAACAUUGAGUCUCUUGCCAUUGACAAACACUAG